AUGAAAAGCGAACUGGUCAAAGUCAAAGCAGAAAAUCCAGAUGUAAAUCAUAAAGAUGCAUUCAAAUUAGUUGCGAUACGAUGGAAGGAAUCGCCGGAAAAUCCAAAGAAUCAGACUAAAUGA